AAGCGGAUCAGUGGUUGCUGAGCCACAGAAGUUGCAGCUCGUCUCACCUCAGGGUGACACUCCGGUGUUGUGGGAGAACCGUCGCUGCAUUUCCUCGUCAGGAGCCGGCGUGUUGAACAGAGGCAGGUCAGAAAGGACAGGGUGAGAAAAUGUUCAGACUCCUCAGUCACCGAAGCAAGAGGCUGCCGAGCUGCCUCACAAGCCAGCGGCGCUAUGAGCACCACAGGGCCGUCAUGGCCAUCCGCCGGGAAGAUAUCAAUCCCUGGGAGAGGAGGGCGCCGCUGGCCCCUCGCCACGUCAAGGAGCUGACCAAUGCUGGCGUCAAAGUCCUAGUCCAACCCUGCAACAGCAGAGCUAUUCAUGAGAAGUACUACUCGAAGGCCGGGGCCAUGAUUCAGGAGGACAUCUCGGAGGCGUCGCUUAUAAUCGGAGUGAAGAGGCCGUCUGAGGACAAGGUCAUUGAGAGGAAGACGUACGCCUUUUUCUCCCACACUAUCAAGGCCCAGGAGGCCAACAUGGGGCUCCUGGGCGAUUUACUGAAGAAGGAGGUUCGUCUUAUUGACUAUGAGAAGAUGGUCGAUGCUAACGGCUACCGGAUAGUCGCAUUUGGCCAGUGGGCGGGUGUUGCAGGAAUGAUCAACAUUUUGCAUGGAUUGGGGCUGCGCUACCUGGCUCUUGGCCACCACACUCCCUUUAUGCACAUUGGCAUGGCUCAUAACUACAGGAACGUCAGCCAGGCCGUCCAGGCAGUGAGGGAUUGUGGUUAUGAGAUCUCCAUGGGCCUAAUGCCCAAAUCCAUCGGUCCUGUCACGUUUUGUUUCACCGGAACCGGAAAUGUCUCCAAGGGAGCCCAAGACAUCAUCAAUGAGCUUCCAGUUGAAUAUGUCGAACCUCAUGAGUUGAAGGACGUCUCAGAGACUGGAGAUAUGUCAAGAGUUUACGCCACUGUUCUGAGCCGACACCACCACCUGAUGAGGAAGAGCGACGGCAUCUACGACCCAUUGGAGUAUGAGAUCCACCCGGAGCUGUACACCUCCCACUUCAGAACCAGCGUGGCGCCGUACACAACCUGUCUGAUCAACGGUAUUUACUGGGACCCUCACACCCCACGACUGCUCAGGCGCCUGGAUGCCCAGAAACUGAUGCGAGCUCCCAAAACCUUGUCUGCAGCCAUCGGCGGAUCACCACGGCUGCCACACAAGCUGCUGGCAAUCUGUGAUAUAUCAGCUGACCUGGGAGGCUCUAUAGAGUUCAUGACUGAAUGCACCACCAUUGAUAGGCCUUUCUGUAUGUACGAUGCUGACCAGCACAUAGACCACGACAGUGUGGAGGGAAACGGUGUCCUCAUGUGCUCCAUUGACAAUCUUCCUGCUCAGCUCCCCAUCGAAGCCACAGAGUACUUUGGAGACCGCCUCUUCCCUUACAUCUGGGAGAUGCUGCCAUCAGAUGCCACCAGACCUUUGGAGGAAGAAGAAUUCAGCCCACAAAUCAGAGACGCUGUCAUCACCUCAAACGGAGCACUCACCCCAAAGUUUGAAUACAUUGAAAAACUUCGAGAAAGAAGGGAGAAGGCUCAGAUCCUGAACAAACCUGGGAUGAAGCGAGUUCUGCUGUUGGGUUCAGGAUACGUCACUGGACCCGUUGUUGAGUACCUGACUCGCAAUGAGAUGAUCCAGGUCACUGUGGCGUCGAUGCUGCUGAAGCAGGCGGAGGCGCUGGCAGCCAAAUAUCCCAACGUCAUCCCCAUCACGCUGGAUGCCAGCAGCCAGGAAGGACACCUCGACUCUCUGAUCAAAGAUCAUGACUUGGUCAUCAGCAUGCUGCCGUACACCCUCCACCCGCUCAUCGCCAAACACUGCAUCAAGAGGAAGGUAAACCUGGUGACCGCCAGCUACCUGAGUCCUGCCAUGAAGGAGCUGCAGAGCAGUGCGGAGGCGGCGGGCGUCACCAUAGUGAAUGAGAUGGGACUGGACCCGGGUAUCGACCACAUGCUGGCCAUGGAGUGUAUCGACACGGCCAAAGCCGAAGGCUGCACGGUGGAGUUCUACAGCUCUUUCUGUGGUGGUCUUCCUGCUCCGGAAUGUUCAGACAAUCCUCUCCGCUACAAGUUCAGCUGGAGUCCGUACGGCGUCCUCCUCAACACCAUCAGCCCUGCCGUCUUCCUCAAAGACAACCAGGAGGUGAGCAUCCCGGCUGGCGGCUCUCUGAUGGACUCCACCAUGCCACUGGAUAUCUUUCCUGGUUUCAACCUGGAGGGAUUUCCCAAUCGUAACAGCACCAUAUAUGCAGAGUCGUACGGCAUUCAGACCGCACACACACUGAUCAGAGGAACCCUGCGCUUCAAGGGCUUCUCCAAGGCUAUGAGUGGUUUUGUCAAACUGGGUCUGAUAAACAGCGAGCCCUGUCCCAUCUUGCAGCCCACUUCAUCUCCCGUUUCCUGGAAAGAGCUGCUCUGUAAGCAGAUCGGAUUGUCCUCUUCUCUGUCCCAGGCGGCCUUUGAAGAAGCCGUAUAUGAACACAUCGAAAAGGAUGAUUUCAGAAUGGACAGCCUGAGAUGGUUUGGGAUGCUGAGCGACGAGGCAGUGCCUCAGGCCGACAGCGUUCUGGCUGCUCUGACAAAACAUCUGGAGGCCAAGCUCUCAUUCAAUAAGGGUGAGCGAGACAUGAUCAUCUUGAGGAACGACGUGGGGGUUCGCCACCCGACUGGGGAGCUGGAGACCAAACACGUCAGCCUGGUGGUUUAUGGUGACCCUAAUGGUUUCUCUGCCAUGGCUAAGACUGUAGGAUACCCAGCAGCCAUAGCUGCUCGCAUGGUUCUCGACGGCGAAAUCAACACGAAGGGUCUGGUUGCUCCGAUGACAAAGGACGUCUAUGGGCCGAUCUUGGACCGACUGAGGCAAGAAGGACUGCGCUUCAUGUCCAAAAGCACCUUGGAGGAGGAGUAGAAGCUAACUAAAGAGAACCAAUAACUCCCUGUAAAUCCUGUCCAGCACAAAUACUGUAUAAAAUCCACAUUCUAUCUGUUGCCUUUACAACAACUUUAUCAAAACAUGAUCUUAAGACAGAGUCAAACUCACCGGCCUGAAAGGGGGGGGGGCUCUGAUAAGAUAAAUAUUAGUCAUUUUUGUAUGUAUAUAUAUAAAAUGGUAAAAGGUGAAAAAUGUUUUGAUAACCAAAAUUAACUUUGAGGAUUAUGUUUUUUCAAACCUACACACACACACACACACACACACACACACACACACACACACACACACACACACACACACACACACACACACACACACACACUAUUGUGUUAAAAUGAAACUUUGACUAUAUAGUAAUCUUAAUAUAAACUUCCCUAGUUUGGCUGAAUUUGCUCUGUUUCAGAGAAAAGUUCUUCUGUGAAGAUGAAUAAAAAGUUCACUCAUCAAAAAAAAUAAUUUGCAUAAUAAAUUUAAAGCAUUUAAAAGCAAAUACAUUUCCUAAUUGUCCAAAGUACAACUGAAGACACUAGGUCUGCCUGGGAUUUAAAACUACUUUUCCCAAAGACUAAAAAUGUUGCUUUUGGCAUCAGUCAUAAAAAAGUCAUGUCAUACAAAGCAUACUUGUUGUCACCUAUAAAAAAAAACAGCAAAGCAUUAAAAUGUUCAGAGGGCAAUGGGAGCAAUGCUUCCUACUUUUCUUAACCUUGUGCAAUCAAAGUUGUGUGAAGUGUCAGUCAGAAAUUAACAAAACUUUCAAAGGUUUCCAUGGUAACUGUCUUCUUUUCCUGUCAACAAAAUGUCUGUGACUACUGGUUUCUUUAUGAAUUAAAAACAACAACAAACAUAGCUUGAUGCUUCUCUCACUUAAAACGCAUUAACUCAAACAAGAAACUACAUCUUAAAUACUUGUAACAAACACUAAGGGGAAAAUGCAAAAGCAGAUGUUUCCUCUGAAGGUAUCCACAUUAAGUUCCUUUUCAAACUAGGGGCAUGAAUAAUAAAAGCCAAAUACUUUCCCUUGUAUGUUCCACAUUAAAACUAUACAACAUUUCUUAAUGAAAUUGUUUCACAAUAGGUCAUUCCCUAAAAAAAAGGUAUGACUUGAUAGUGAUCCUGUCAUCCCCCUUACACCACUGCAUGUAUCACACACAUUCGAGGAUGUCAGUGGGACACUCCUGCAGGGGAGGAUAAUGCAGCAUCUGAACAGGACCAAUCAGGUUCCUAUUGACACAAAGCAGCUUCUGGUAAUUUGUUUUAUGGCCUAAACUACUAGGAUGCGAUGGGCCAAUACCUUAAUGUGCAUGCAAAUAAUCUAUUCAACCAUUAACUGUUGACACAGUUUGGAUGCUUUCAGCAGUUUGUCUGAAUAUUAUAUUCGGCAUUCACAAACAAAAUGAUAAACUAAUUUUUCUAUCCAGAUAAUGGACCUUUGUGCCUGGACAGGUGAAAGAUACAUCUACAUGUUCGAAGGGUUAACAUGGAGCCCUGGUACAACUCAACAGCAGACCCACCUUUAUUAUAACAGUCUGCUAACAUGCAAUCACAUCUGCUUUUUAAAGCGAGUGGUAGAUGGCAAUCUGCUGGUUUAGUGCAUGUUACACCCAAAACAAGCACCCAUCACAUACUGCAUCCUUUUUUUAACCAUUUUCAUUUAACAAAAGUAUUACCUGAAAGUAACAUAUUUAGCUUAUCUUGACCUAUAGAGAUAUAUUAUGAUUGACUUGAUAACUGAAACAUGAUCAGUAACAGCUAAACUUGGCCUCUGCUGAGCUCAGCGGUCCGUUUGAAUCGUUGUUCAAGAGGGAAGUCUGUAUUUGUGUCCCCGGACUAAUGAGUAGUGUCUGCUGAGUAAUAUUUAUUUUAUUUGGACGGGGGGUGUGGUCACAUUCUAAACGUUUUUUCACAUGCUUGAAACGAUGUACCUGAGAUAUAUUUUUUCCAAUAAUAUAUCAAUAAUAUUCCAUAUAUGAAGUACAUAUGAGGGCCAUAGUGAUAUUUUAAACACCAGUGUAUUGUUUGAUAUUUUGGUUGAUAUGUAGGUUUGGGUCUGAGCAACACAAAGACUUUUGGUCACUUUUUGGUUUUGUUGUUCCGGUAAAUAUUGGAUUUGACAUUGAUGAAAAUCUUUAUUUAAUAUUACAAGCACCCAUUCAUUUAUAAAAGCUUUUUUUUGAUAGCACAUUUUGGAUUUAUUAACAUAUCAAAAUGUUCACAUGAAUAAAAAAUCGUUCUAGGAA